GACACGAUAAGCCACUCGCCUCCAAAAAGUGGGCACCAAAUCGGCUUACCCCUCCGGUUCCUUUGGAACUGGAAACGUCAAAGCGAAAAACUCGAAAAAAUUGAUUGAAUUUGGCAACCCUUCUGCUUUUGACGUUUACAAAUGUCAUUUCUAAAAUCAGAUUAAAUUUUGUGAACAUCGUCGACGGCACCAGAUGACUUCUGGAAUACGGAUCAAUCCGUUCUUUUCCCCCAGCGCACCAAGAAACUUCUAUGGACGACAGGGUGUCCUCGUCGCUGAUCCACCACAAGCAGACUGGCAAGCACAAACCCCACCAGGACUGGGAAAGUCGCGAGCGAAAACCGUGUGGUGUGCGCGACAACGGUGUCUCAAUCCUACGCGGAAGCUUCGACACGUCAUUCAAUUGCCGGAAUUCACGCACCCCACGACUCCGGCUUCCUUCUUGGUCAGAAACCCGGUUCCGGAAUUUGCCAACGAAGCUCUCUCUGGCACCGCCGUAUUCGACAGCGUGCCACGGGCCGCGGUCGUCUCCGGAAGACUUGGACCACCUCCCCUUCUCAGGCCUGUCCUUCGUUGCGUUGCGGAUUGGGAAGCAGCGGAGGAUGCGCCUGUGCAGUUAUCAAGCUGGGAUGGGUUCGGUCCGGAUGCCAGCGUGGUUUGUGUUCUGUUUCAUCCACUUGCCAACGAGCAGUGCAGUGCAGACGGCCCAAUAGGUCCAUGGGUCGAUCGGGACCCGCCACUGGGCGGGCCCGGAGCGGCUGGUGGAAAGUUCAUUCCCGCAGUUUGAACGGAUGACUCAAAAUAAAAAGAUUGGUUCCGGCGGGAUGGGUCAUCGUUAUGGCCAGAAAG